GAAGGUAAGGAUGAAGCUUCUGAUUUUGGUAGCGCUGUUUGGGCUCAGUGUUGCUCAGCACAAUCCUCAGUACAAACACGGACGAACCUCCAUCGUUCACCUGUUCGAGUGGCGCUGGGCUGAUAUUGCUGAAGAGUGCGAGAGGUACCUCGCUCCCAAUGGGUUUGGAGGAAUCCAGAUUUCGCCCCCAAAUGAUCACAUUAUCCUCAAUGAUCCAUGGCGUCCCUGGUAUCAGAGAUACCAACCGAUCGGCUAUAAUCUCUGCUCCAGGUCAGGAAGUGAAGCUGAGCUAAAGGACAUGAUUACCCGCUGCAACAAUGUCGGGGUGAAUAUUUAUGUGGACGUAGUGAUUAAUCACAUGUGUGGAGCUGGAGGUGGAGCAGGUACACACUCGAGCUGUGGAUCAUACUUUAACGCUAACAACAAAGAUUUUCCUACCGUCCCGUAUUCAGCCUGGGACUUUAAUGAUGGAAAAUGUUACACUGGCAGCGGAAACAUCGAUAACUACAAUGAUAUUAAUCAGGUGAGGAAUUGUAGAUUGGUGGGUCUGUUGGACCUGGCAUUGGAGAAGGAUUAUGCCCGUAGUAAGGUGGUGGACUUCAUGAACAAACUGAUCGAUUUGGGUGUGGCUGGGUUUAGGGUGGAUGCCUGUAAACACAUGUGGCCCGGAGAUUUACAGGUCAUGUACGGAAAACUGAAAGACCUUAACACCAAGUGGUUCUCCUCUGGAUCCAGACCCUUUAUCUACCAGGAGGUUAUUGAUCUUGGUGGGGAGCCAAUCACAGCAUCAGAGUACACUGGUUUAGGCCGAGUGACUGAGUUCAAGUAUGGUGCUAAACUGGGCACAGUUUUCCGUAAAUGGAACAAUGAAAAACUGCGCUACCUGGUUAACUGGGGUGAAGGUUGGGGAAUGAUGUCGUCCGGUAACGCGUUGGUGUUUGUUGAUAAUCAUGAUAAUCAAAGAGGACAUGGAGCUGGAGGAGCUUCCAUCCUCACCUUCUGGGAUCCCAGGUUGUAUAAGAUGGCUGUUGGAUUUAUGUUGGCGCAUCCGUACGGUGUUACUCGUGUGAUGUCUAGUUUCCGCUGGGAUCGAAACUUCGUGAACGGAGUUGAUAAGAAUGACUGGAUUGGACCCCCCAGUUACUCUGAUGGAAGCACGAAACCAGUUCCUAUUAAUCCUGAUUCAACAUGUGGAGACGGCUGGGUGUGUGAACAUCGCUGGAGACAGAUCAGGAACAUGGUGAUCUUCCGUAAUGUGGUGGAAGGACAACAGUUAUCCCUCUGGUGGGACAACGGGAACAACCAGAUCGCUUUCUCCCGAGGAGAUCGAGGAUUCAUCGUCAUUAACAAUGAUGACUGGGAUCUGGAUGAGACACUGAACACUGGCUUACCCAAUGGAACCUACUGUGACGUCAUUUCCGGUCAGAAGGAAGGAACUUCCUGCACCGGUAAACAAGUAACGGUAGGCGGAGAUGGACGCGCUCACUUUAAAAUCAGCAGCCAGGAGGAAGAUCCCUUCGUAGCCAUACACAUCAACACUAAACUCUAAACUCAAUAAACUGCAUGCAAAAUCA